AUGACUUCUUGGGGGAUGAGAGGGUCUGACGGAGGCUAAUGUUUCCUCGGCUGAAGCCACAUCAGCUCGCAACGGUUGUGCAUGGAUACCUAAAUACAGUCGCUGUGCAAUCGUGAUCAGUUAGACAUAAUCUAAAUGUCUGCAUUCAGUCGACAAUGCAUUAAUGAAUCUUCGAUUCCUGGCGAGGAAGAAUUUGGUGAAUCAACAAGAUUUGGCGAACAAAGGAAUGCGUUAAGCGCCUUGUAUUUGCAUCACUGGAAUGGCAUAUUUGCUCUCAAACUUAUUUUUGUUCGGCAGUGGAUUGCUUUUAUUCUUCGCCCCUGUUUGCGCCAUUUGUCCGGAGCGAUGUGAUUGCCAGCACGCGCAGCAUAUCCUGUGCGCAAACCGCGGUCUCCGCGCGGUGCCCAAAGCGCCGCAGGUGGAGCACGCAGAGGAUGUGCGGGUUCUCAGUCUCGCGGGAAACUUCAUUCACAACAUCAGUGCUUUUGACUUCAUGCGCUAUGGCGACCUAAUGAGACUUAAUCUCCAGUUUAAUCAAAUAAGGAGUAUACAUCCUGAAUCAUUCAAGAAACUAUCCAAACUAGAGGAACUAUUUCUAGGAAACAACCUAAUAUCGACGAUACAACCUGGGACUCUACAAUCGCUGAAAAAACUCACAAUAUUAUAUAGCAAUAACAACGAAAUCAACGAGUGCAUCCCUAAAUCAUUUACCCAUUUAAACAGUUUAGUGAAACUACGACUUGAUGGAAAUUCGAUCGAAGUGUUAAAGGAGUCCGUCUUCGAAGGUUUGCCAAACUUAAUGUUUCUCCACUUAGAAUCGAACCACCUUCGGCGUAUCGACCGGAAUGCAUUCUUGCGGCUCAGCAAACUGCAGUUUUUAAACCUGUCGGACAAUAAACAAACAGAGCUGCAAGAUGUUUUUAUGUUUUCUGACCUUAAGUCACUCAAAACUCUUCUAAUUGCGGGCAACCAAAUAAGACACGUUGGAAACCACGUUUUCCAGAGCUUAAAAAAACUAUCAAAACUUUCACUGAGCCAUAACAAGAUAUCAAAGCUAGGCAACGAAGCGUUUAAGGGGCUCGGACGCGUGAGGGAGUUUAUGAUUGACAGGAACGAGCUGACAGAGAUUCCUGCUGGUCUGCUGGACCCGCUCGAGCGCAUCGAACACCUCGACUUCAGUGACAAUCACAUAUCUCUCGUGGAUCAAGGUGCUUUUGGACAUCUAUCACACCUUAAAAUCUUAAAACUGAAAAACAACCGUCUGAUGAAUCUCUCCGGCAGUAUUUUCGCAUCAAACGGCGGUUUGUUCCAUGUAGAACUGAAUGGGAACAACUGGACUUGUGACUGCCGGAUGGAGAAACUUAAAAGUUGGAUGACACAUGCGCAUUCUCAGGGAAAGCUCUUGACCGUGUUUGUUCGCUGCCUGCACCCCCCAGUGCUGGCGGGAAAAUACUUGGAUUAUGUCAGCAACUUGCAGCUAAAAAACAUGAGUGGCUUUUGUGAGUCAGAACCUCUGUCUCAGCCAAUGGAAAGCCGUGGGGCUGUAGUUGAAACACCAGUUUUCAAGGAGGAAAGAGAAAAGCGAGAAAAGCACGAUGAAGUAGAGGUCCAAGGGGAUCAAGGGGUGCAAGGACCUGGCACAACACUAAAGAGAAAGAAAAAGAGAAAACUUGCCAGCUCAAGACCAAAACCCACAGCUAGGAACACAGGGAAUGGCUCCUUGUCUGAUCUGUUUACUACAAUGGCCAUGUUUUUGGAAGGCCACAAUUACAGCACCUUUGCUUUGACCCCACAGGAGCAGUUCAACCUGCCCUUACAAGACCAAUCCAAGUAUGAAGACUCAAAAACGGCAGGGAUCGCUGAUGCUUGUCAAUUCAACCGUCUCUCCAUCUUAAACGUAAGCGUUGAAGACAUCACUUCAAUUACAGCCACAGUCCGCUGGAGUACAACUCCUGACACUGGACUAGCUCAUGGGAAAGAACUUCACUUCAGGGUUUUAUUUGACCGUUUCGGCCAUGCUUUCCGCUUCCCACGCUAUGUUUACACAGAUGGAUCUGACCGGGCAGUGACCCUCCAAGAGCUCCGCCCAGAGUCCACAUACAUCACCUGUGUGGAGAGUGUAGUUGAUGGGACUUUGUGCAAGGUCGCCCCCAGAGAUCAUUGCACUGGUUUUGUCACACUUUUGCCCUCUGUGACCACAGAGGUCAACCUACAGCUCAUCACAGUAGCAGCCCUGGCGGCAAACGCACUACUCCUCCUGCUGGUUGGUGGAGUCUGGCUGGGCCGUGUGUUAAAGAGACGGAUCAGAAGCAGGAAGUCGUCCGCUCAUGCACAUGUACGUCACAUGUACUCAACCAGGCAUCCAUUCCGCUCAACAGUGGCCACUACAUGCGUCUCUUCUGAAUUCAGCGGUUAUCAGACCGGCAGACAGCUGGCUGAAGAAGGUGACCUCAUCCAGUUCCCCGGCGACCGUUUCUUUGACAACAACCCCACACGAAGAGAUGAUGAUGGCAUGAUGAUUAGAUAUUCAGACUGAAGGGUGACGUGUGUGAGAAAAAAAAAUUUUUUGUCAGUUAUGGACAGAAAGUUUAAAACACAGAUUUCUAAAUAUUUUUUACCUUCUUUUUUUAAGCCUCAGCUGCUGGUUGGCAGAAUUGCUUGGUUUUGUAAUGUUUCUGUUAAAGUUUAUUAUAUGUUACUACUUUCCUGUACAGAUACUGCAAUAAUUUGAAGUCAGACAUAAAUCAAAUGAGUUACUGAAUCAAAAACGGUUACAUUUUAAGGACUUUACAUUUUUAAUUGUUGCUUUUUUCCCACGCUUUUCUUUGUAAAUGUUAAUGAUUGUUCGUAUCUAUCAUUUAUUUUUUUUUUAUUAUAUGUAUUUGUUUCACCUCUGAUCUAACCAUAUACUUUUUUAGAAAGCCAAAUUUGUUUUGGCCAUCCUUUCUGGAAAACGUCAAAAACGAUACAUGAAUGUCACCAUGUGAUGGCGCAAUAAACCAAGUUUUCACAA